AUGAAUUCUAGUUCAUCAUCUAUGUCGACCAACAAAAAGUCAGUCGUCAUAGUAAGUGACAUUUUGACAAGAUCGCCGAGUUCAUUGAUAUUCGUCCUAGUUUUAAAUACUCUUCAUGCUUGGUUCUAUAUUUCGGUUGAAUGCGAUCUAUCAUCAGUUGAUGCAACAAUGUCAAUAAUCAUUCGAAUGACAUUAUGUAGUGAUGAUGAUGACAAUGAUCUCAAACAGCUGUAUGAUCACGUGAAGAACGAAUACGACAGAGAGGAAACGAAUCUUCUCUUUCUUGGUGAUGUGUUAAGAAACAUGGGAAAAUUCGAUUUGGCCGAAAAGUACUAUCGUCGAUGGUUGAGCGAACUUCCAUCGAAUGAUCCCUCCCUUGGUAUGUUGUAUGAACGUCUUGGUAGGGUUGCUGAUGAGAAAGGUGAGUAUGAUACGAGUCUCGAAUGGUACCAGAAAUCACUCGAGAUUAUUGUCAAAACUCGUCCAUCCGAUCAUGUCAGUAUUGGUAUCACACACAACAGCAUCGGUAACGUUCAUGGAAAGAAAGGUGAUCGUGGUCGAGCACUCGAAUCGUACAAUCGAGCCGUGUCACUCUUCAAACAAA